UGAAACUUUGCUCACAAACGGUUGGCUUCAGAGCACUCAGGUGAGAUGACACAGAGGUGGAUGUUCUUGUAAAUGAAAGUGUCAGCUGCAGGAUAGAGUCAGUAUAGAUCUGGGAAGUGUUCGCCAUGCUGUGGACUGCAAGUCUCUGCCUCUUCUUGGCGCCGUCCAUCCUUGGAGCUCCGGCAAACAAACAGAGACAGAAGGUGCUGCUGAUCUCCUUUGAUGGAUUCCGGUGGGAUUACGACCGUGAUGUGGACACCCCACACCUCGACAAAAUGGCCAAGGACGGAGUCAAAGCCCUGUAUGUGACACCUCCUUACCUCACUAUCACCAGUCCAACACACUUCACCCUCUUGACAGGCCGCUACAUUGAGAAUCACGGGGUAAUCCACAACAUGUGGUUCAACACAACCACCACUGAGAAGAAGCCUUACUAUCAGACUCAGUUUGUGAAUGAGUGGUGGGACAAUGGCACUCUGCCUAUCUGGAUCACAGCGCAGCGGCAGGGCCUUAAAGCUGGCUCCCUACACUUUCCUGGAACAGCUUCCAGUUACCAGGGAGAGGUUGCUAUGGUGCAGGAAGUGGAGCCAAUACUUUACAACUACAAGAAUGAGACUGCUUGGCAAGAAAACGCAGACAAGGUGAUGGAAUGGUUCAGCAACCAAGAUCUGGACUUCAUAUCCCUUUACUUUGGGGAGCCAGACGGCACCGGUCACAGGUACGGCCCCGACUCCCCGGAGCGACAGGAGAUGGUGAAGCAAGUGGACCGCACAGUGGGCUACAUUCGAUCUUCUGCCGAACAACACGGGCUGAACGAUAGACUGAACAUCAUCAUCACAGCAGACCACGGCAUGAGCACGGUUUACCGAAACGGUCUGGUGGAAGAGAUCACGCUGUCCAAGAUCCCGGGGUUCUCGUUCAGCGACCUUUCCUUUCACCUAGUGGACUUCGGGCCUUCUGGGAUGCUGUUGCCUAAGCCAGGCAAGCUGGAGAAGGUCUACCAAGCCUUGAAGGGGUCCCAUCCACACCUCCAUGUGUUCAAGAAGGAGGAGAUGCCAGAGCGCCUCCACUUCGCUAAAAACGAUCGAAUCCUCCCCAUCAUUUUAUGGUCCGACCCUGGAUAUGUAAUCAACGGGUAUUUUCCGGUUCAGUUCAACAAGGGUGAGCACGGCUUUGACAACGAAGACAUGGACAUGAAGCCCUUCUUCAGGGCAGUGGGUCCAGCAUUUCACAAGAACCUGGAGGUGGGGCCCUUUGAGACAGUGAACAUCUACGCCUUGAUGUGUCACAUCCUGGGCAUCCAGCCGGAGGUCAACGACGGCCACCUGAACGCCACCAAACACAUGCUGCUUAGCAGCACUACUACUCAGGGCAAAGAUGUGGAUGUCGUGAAAAAUGUCUUCAUUGGACUGGCAGCAGUAGCUGGAUUUCUUGUUGUAGUUUUUAUAGUAGUGACAUCCCAAGCAUUACUCAAUAAGCGCAAGAACAAAAGGUCAGUAAGUUCAGAUCAACUUCCGGCAACGGAAAAAACACACCAAACUACACUUUGAACACCACACCAACAAAUAAAAAACAAAACAGAAACAUGCUGCUACACUCUGUCAUUGACAAACAGCUCCCUGCUGGAAAUUCCUUCUGGGUAUUUCGUUUUGUAUCCCAUGUGAAGAAAUGCACUCUGAAUUGCACAAGGAUCACAAGAGCAGAGUUUUGCAUACCAUUUUGUUAAUAUAAUGUUUGUUCAAAAAUGGAGAAUGUAAGCAAACAGAAUGAGUUAUAAGUCAUUUUAUUAAAUUCAUGAAAUAAGUAUCUGCUUAUUAUUUGUUUAUUGUGUUUAGUGUUCUAUUUAGCUGUUUGAUGCAGUGACUGACUGGACGUAUCGUUAUCUAUC